CGACGAUUCUUCAGUCUUACUUCGUAUACCGCGGCAGCCACUACUAUAAUACAAGUUUUUUAUUUACUACGUUAGUGCGUGUUGCCAGUAUCUACUAGAAAAUUAAUAUAUCGAAGUCACAAAAUGGCAGACGGGCGAUCGUGGUCGUAUGCUAUCGCUUUUCUGGCAAGUCUGGCAGUGGUAUCGUGCGCACAAACAGAUGACCCAUGCAAGACCAAAUCCCGGGUGGUAGCGGAUGACAAGUACUGUGACAAAUACUGGGAGUGUGAGAAUGGUCAGGCAGUACAGUAUGAUUGUCCUAAUGGUUUAGUCUUCGCUGGGAAGCAUAGAGGCGUUACCGAGGGCUGCGACUAUCCGUGGAGAUCGAACUAUUGUGAAUAUCCGAAGGUGCAAAUAAAUCCCCCCAUCGGUACGGAGCACUGCGACUGGUUGUACGGCAUCUUCGGGCACGAGACGUCGUGCACGCGCUACUGGACUUGCUGGAAUGGGACCGCCACAGAACAACUGUGCAUCGGCGGCCUGUUGUACAACGAGAACGCGCACUCUUGUGACUGGCCGGAAAACGUCGACGGCUGCCAGAAACAUCCCCUAUGCAAUGAAGAUCCCAACGGUAACGUACCUUUGGGUAAAUCCUGCAACCGCUACUGGCAGUGCCAAGGCGGAUACCCGCGCUUGCAGCGUUGCCCCGCUAUGUUGGUGUUCGAUAGGCGGUCACUGAGAUGUGUCGUACCACCGACUGACGAGUGCGAGAUCCCCACAACUACCUUAUCACCACAGGAAGAAGAAGAGAACUCGAGACCGGGACAACAAAAUAAACGACCUGAUUACCCAGACGGUCAGCCCGGUCGUCAACGUGCAAGAAACUAAAUUAAAACUUUACAUAU